CGCACGGGUUCUGGUCGCCUGGGAAACCGCGUGACAACAAGAUGGCGGCGCCGUGGGACGGCUCCGUGGCACUACGCGGGAGUUCCUGACAGCUAGCGUCUCGAAGUAGAACUAUGGGCUCACCUUUGGCCUCCCUUGGCAAGACCCGAAGAGUGCCCCUGCAGUCAGAGCCUGUGAAUCCAGCCAGGCGAGGGAUAAAAAUCUAUGGAGAUGAAGACGAGGCAGACGUGCUGAAUAAUGGACUUGGCCCAGAAGAAAAGAUCGCUGUCCCUUCCUGCUAUGGCGGCAUUGGUGCGCCUGUGAGCAGACAAGUCCCCGUGUUCCGUGACUCGGAGCUGGUGGCCACCUUGACCAAGAAGAUGCGGGAUCUGGAGCGGCAAGUGAGGUCUCAGACUGAUGAGCUGCUGUCCAAGAACCCCCAGGUCUGCCUGUCCCUCCUUGUCUUGCUGCUGCAGGAUCGGAAGAUACGAGCCCUGGAGGAAAUGGUGCAGAACCUCCAGGAGCACCAGGGCCAGGUCAGGACGCAGCAGCAGCAGGACCUGGAGACCACAUGCCUGCGGCUCCAGCGCCAGGUUGAGGAGAUGGAGCGGUUCCUCGGUGACUACGGGCUGAAGUGGGUGGGUGAGUCUGCGGACCAGGAGGGCUCAGACAACCAGGCAGACUCAGAGGAUGGCAAGAGGGACUGGAUGACAGCCAAGAAGUUCUGGAAACCAGGGGACUCACUGGCGCCCCCCGAGGUGGACUUUGACAGGCUGCUGGCCAGCCUGAAGGAUCUCAGUGAGCUGGUGGUAGACGGUGACACCCAGGUGACACCAAUGCCUGGUGGAGCACGGCUCCAUGUCCUUGAGCCCAUCCCACUGAAGCUCUAUCGGAAUGGCCUCAUGAUGUUCGAUGGGCCCUUCCGGCCCUUCCGUGACCCCUCCACACAGCGCUGCCUCAGAGACCUGCUGGAUGGCUUCUUCCCUUCAGAGCUCCAGCGGCUGUACCCCAAUGGGGUUCCCUUUAAGGUGAGUGAUCUGCGCAAUCAGGUCUACCCAGAGAAUGGGCUGGACCCAUUCCCAGGUGAGGGCCGCGUGGUGGGCCGUCAGAGGAUUCACAAGCUGCCGGACAGGAUGGAGCACCCAGCCCCUCCCCAGGCCAAGGCUCCCAAUGCACUCCCUGCAGGCUCCAAGAUGACUCCUGAGAAGUUUCUGAACAGGCUCCCCAAGUUUGUGAUCCGGCAAGGCGAAGUGGUUGACAUCCGGGGACCCAUCCGAGACACCCUGCAGAACUGCUGCCCAUGGCCGGCCCAGGUCCAGGAGAUCGUGGUGGAGACACCAGCCUUGGCUGCUGAGCGUGAGAGGAACCAGGAGUCACCCCAGUCACCAGCGCCUCUGCUCUCCAUGCUGCGCAUCAAGUCUGAGAACGGUGAGAAGGCCUUCCUGCUGAUGAUGCGGCCCGAGGACACUGUUGGUGAUGGCCGUGGACACCACCAGCUUCGAGAUCAUCAGUACCUUCCCACCCACGGUCUACAGCGACAACACAGUCACACUGCAGGCCGCGGGCCUGGUGCCCAACGCAGCACUGCUGCUUCGCACAAGCCGGGCCCCGCCGCCGGCUCCAGGCCCCAGCUCCAAAUAAAGAGCCCGCUCCCACACAGGCUGCUCCAUGAGGCUCUCUUGGCCAGGCAGACCCGCUGGGCGCCAGGGAAGGCCGGGGGCCCAGCUAGGCUGGGGCGGGGGGCGGUACCGACCCGCCCCCUCUGUAACAUGAGCCCCAGCUGGCAGGCCUGGCUGCUGGGUCUUUGUCCUCUAGGUUCCUCUUUCUUCCCAGAAGGGCUAAGCAGAUCCAGUGGAGGGAAGGCGGGCUCCAGCUCAGCCUCGGCAGGCUAGAAGAAUCUCCUGUGCAAGUGUGCCAGCGGCGGAUCCCUGUGCGCAGAUGGGGACACUUCCUCAACACUCUGCACAAAGCCUCUGCACUCUGCACUGUCCCCAAACUGGGUGAACCCACUUCCAUGAGACAUGCACUCAGGGCCAGUUUGUUGGAGCCCUGGUCAGCGGCCACAUGACACAGCCAUAUUACCAGCUGGCACACAGAUGUGCCACACUCACCAAGCCAGGUGUGUCAGGACACCAUCCCUUGCGUGUGAAUCAGGAGGUGACCCACCCACACUGGUUCCAGAAACACAGGUCUGCAUGGGUAUGCAUGUGCCAGACAUACACCCACAGACAUGCACAAUCACACACACGGGUGCCACACGGGAGACCACUCAGGUGAGCUGCCCUCAGGAGCUCAGCACCGUCCCGUUUACCAGCCUCGUUCAGAGCAAGAGCCCAGGUCAUAUCAAACAGACAUGCUGUCAGUGGAAUGGGACAUUUAAUUGUCUCUAGGGUGCUCCCAGGACAGGGAAUGCGGGGCCUUUGGCAGAGCCCUGGCUAAUGGAACCAGCAAAGGCACCCAUCAGCUAGGGCCAGGCAGGGUGGCAGCCUCAGGGCCUGGCUGAGGACAGCCAGCACUUGGGCUGUUGCUUAAGACAAUUUCUGAAACUAGUGGGUAAGGAAUGUUGCCUUUGAACAGGGAGGGGAGGAGAAGGGGCUUGGGUUGGGGGGAAAGAUUCCAAGGUCAGAAGGUUUUAGGAUAACAGGGAGUUGGUCAUAAGGUCCUUCAUGGCCGGGCGGUGGCUGGGG